AUGCGAAGGCGCCGCCAUGACAUGCUAGCAUUUAAAUACCAACGACCACCCAGCCACGACAUGACGACCGCCUACAUGAACCUCGUUCCUAAAAUCUCGUUGGCUGCCCUACCCACACCCGCAGACGAAUGGGCCGGGGACUUGAGCGACCUAUUACGCGCUCAUAUCACCAUGACUCCGCCAGCAGCCAGCAAACGCUUUGACUUUUCUCUGCGGCCAGAAAUUGGCAGUAGGUCCAUGAGCGCCGGAAGUGGAGGCAAUAUGAGCGUACGCAAACCUGUGCUCAUCCCUCCACCGCUUGUUCGUCGGGAUAGCGACUUGGUUGACCCCCUGCAUAAUCCCAUUCCACAACAACAACAUCGGGAAUCAACCAAUCUUAGCACAGCAGUCCACACUGGCCAUUCGACCUCACCCGUGGCACCACCACCCGACUUGGCGCAUCUAAAUGCGGCCACCGCAUCGAAGGCAUCAUUUCCCCGUCAAUACACCCAGUCUUCAGGCCGUUUCGUUGACUCUCCAGCACCGGCUUCGCUGUCGUCGCUCAGUCUCGAGUCCCACACAGAGUCUCUGGGCUCGAUGUCAACUAUUAGUCUCGAAUCACAUGCCAUUCCAUCCCCAGCACCGCUCUCUUCGCAGUCUUCGUUAUCUCUUGACGCACCAUCACCCCCCCAAGAACGCGAGCCAGAGAUUUCGGCUUCCCUUGGCGCAUCAACCCCUUCACUGGUCAAAGCCGAGCUCGGACAUUCACAAAUCAGUCUGGCCGAUAGUGGAUAUAUUGCCUCCAGCGAAGCGGAAGGCGAUGUUGACCCUGGUGAUAAGCGGCCAUCGCUCGACUCAGUCAGGAACCUGAGCUUGGAAGAUGUUGUUCAUCUUGGCCCACUACCAUCACGCUCUCCUUCGCUCUCCAGUCUUAACUCUAACAGUCGUCUUGAUACCACCAGCGUCAACAUGUUACCGAGCACGAAUUCUCACACUUGGCGACAUUCUGGUGCAGUAAGCGCCCCUCCUGAGGUGUCCAGCUUCUCCGAAGGCGACGAUAUGGGUAGCGAUGGACCGCAGGCGAAGCGGACAGACAGCGGGAGCACAGCUUCGACUGCGACCGUUUCUCCGUCCCCCGUGACAGCAGAAGAACCCAAGCGCGAAAGACGAAAGUCGGCGCUGAGCCUGAACGGACUCAACCUAAACAUAGGCUUGGUGCAAAAGAUCAAGGGGAAAAUCGGUAACGAGAAAGAUACAGCUUGA